GUGUUUUUCUAGAUUUCGCCCUAAGGUGGGGUGGUCGGACUUCGAUGUGCCGCCAUCUUUGAGUAGGGCACAGCCGUUUACAGCCUUGGGAAUGGAAAUUAGACUGAAUGGUGGUUGCUUGGCAACGCCCCACGGUCGCCGCUUUUGAGUAGGGCAUACUGUUUACUACUACAAAAUGGAAACGUAGACGGAAUGUGGUUGCUAGGCAACGCCUUGGGACCGUGGCAAUCUUUGAUCGCGGCACAACUGUUUUUUUCCGUUUAGAAUGUAAAUCAUCAAAGCCUACAGGAUGGUGUAUAAGCAAGGCCUUUGCGCAGUCAUCAUCUUCAAUCCGGCCUCUUGGGUCUCCCUACCUCCUCGGAGAAACUGAAAAGCUUUGCAAAUUCAAUUAGCCGCCAUCUUUGUUAGGGCUCCCGUUCUCUGUCAUCGGUUCCCUCAAUGGAGUCCACAUGUUCGGGCAGAAUCUGGAGGUGCAGCUGAGCUCUGCAAGGACCGAGAAUACGACCGUGGUGUGGAAAAGCUUCCAUGACAGCAUCACCCUCAUUGUUCUGUCAUCUGAGGUGGGCAUCUCUGAGCUGAGGCUGGAGAGACUACUACAAAUGGUGUUUGGAGCCAUGGUCCUUCUUGUGGGACUUGAAGAACUGACCAAUAUCCGCAACGUGGAGAGACUGAAGAAGGACUUAAGGGCCAGUUACUGCCUGAUCGACAGCUUCCUAGGGGAUUCGGAGCUCAUCGGGGACCUGACCCAGUGUGUAGACUGUGUGAUUCCUCCAGAGGGGACCCUCUUGCAGGAAGCCCUCUCCGGGUUCGCUGAGGCAGCGGACACGGCCUUCGUCAGUCUGGUGGUGUCGGGCCGGGUGGUGGCGGCAACAGAGGGUUGGUGGCGGCUGGGGAUGCCCGAGGCCGUGCUGCUCCCCUGGCUGGUGGGGUCCCUGCCGCCGCAGACCGCUCGCGACUACCCGGUGUACCUGCCGCACGGGAGCCCCACGAUCCCACACCGGCUCCUGAUGCUGACGCUGCUGCCAAGCCUGGAGCUGUGUCUGCUCUGCGGACCGAGCCCACCCCUCAGCCAGUUGUAUCCACAGCUUCUGGAGCGCUGGUGGCAGCCGCUGCUGGACCCGCUGCGGGCCUGCCUGCCGCUGGGACCCCGAGCGCUGCCCAGUGGCUUCCCACUCCACACAGACAUCCUCGGGCUGCUGCUCCUCCAUCUGGAACUGAAACGCUGCCUCUUCACUGUGGAGCCCUUGGGGAAUAAAGAGCCUUCCCCAGAACAGCGCCGGCGCCUCCUCCGAAACUUCUACACCCUGGUCACCUCCACGCACUUCCCACCAGAGCCAGGGUCACCAGAGAAGACAGAAGAUGCGUUCCACCAGGCCCAGCUGCCCAGAGCCUGCUACCUGGUGGUAGGGACUGAGGAACCAGGCUCAGGAGUGCGUCUGGUGGCCCUGCAGCUGGGGCUUCGGCGGCUGCUGCUGCUGCUGUCUCCCCAGAGUCCCACCCAUGGGCUGCGAAGCCUAGCUACCCACACUCUGCAUGCCCUCACCCCACUUCUUUGACUACCUAGCAGUGGGUGACGGACAGACAUGGGGCUGUUAGCGUCUCUCUGUUUUUAUUCGCUCACAAUAAUACACAGCCCCUGGGUGGGGAGGGGGUAGGAGGGGCUAUGACAGGGUGGGGUGGGAGGGGAGGAGGCAUCCACUUCCCUGGCCCCUCUCCCCUCUGUGCUUGGGGGGGGGAAGGGAGGGAGGGGACUCCCCCUGAUCCCCCAGAAUGUAAACAGCAGCAGAUGAACAAAAAUAAAAAUACAAAAGGCUGGAGGAAGGUCCCAGGCAUCCCCCAA